CAUGAUCCAUGAUUGAGGCAGGCAUAUCAAUUAUAAGCCGCCUUACGAAUUCCACGACCCGUGUGGCUCUUGCGUAUUUGUGAAACCGACGCAACUGAUUCACUUGUAUCUUUCGGUGCCGACUUGCUCUCGAAUCCCUCGCUUUGGGCUACAAGGCCCUUCUUGAUCGCAUACAAGAUGUCAACCCAAGCGGCUUCAUCUGCCGCACCACAAGGUACGAGUUCAAGAAAACAGCAAGAAAUGCAAAAUCAAUACGCCGUUUACAAAAACACCCUGCAGAAAAUUGCCCAGAAAAUCGGCGAUGUGGAGCAAGAAGCAGAAGAGCACAAACUCGUGCUAGAAACUCUGCAGCCGCUCUCCGGCGAUCGCAAAGCGUUUCGGCUCGUAAAUGGUGUUCUCAUGGAACAGACGGUAAAGGAUGUGCUACCAGCUCUCACAACCAACUCAGAGGGCCUGAGGAAGGUCCUGGAGGACCUCGUGAAACAGUACAAGACAAAGCAGGAGGAGCUAGAAAAAUGGAAGAAAAAGAACAAUAUCCAAGUUGUCCAGACAUGAGCCCAGUCUGGACGAUUAGGAUCCGGACGUUCAGAUCGGUGCUUGUGCUUUCUCCCCCGAGAUUGCUACGCCCUGGGAAGGAAACAUGCUACAAUCCAGGCAUCUGGGUUGUAAAUAGGCCGGCGUGAGCCCCUCCGGCGGCACACUGCCUGGGCAGUCUCCUAGGCUAUCUUCUACGCUAGGUUUUCGUUGGGACAGGGUCUCGAGCGAUUUCGACUAAUCCGUUUGUCCUGCGACGCUGUCGACAGAGCAGGCAAUGUGAUGGUAAACGCCGGGUUGGAAGAACCUUGUUUAUAGCCAUCCCUCUGACAGAGAAUAGACAACUGGUCAGGCU